AUGAUCGACGCCAUGGGCCACGGAACUCACGUGGCUGGUACAAUCGGCUCGAUGACUUGGGGCGUGGCAAAGAAGACAACGCUGCUCGCUAUCCGUGUACUGGACUCGUACGGUUCUGGUACAACCGAGGGCGUACUUGCGGGUAUGGAGUAUGUUAUUACCGAUGCAGCAAAACGUAGUGAGGCUGGAGAAUGUCCCAACGGUUUCGUGGCCAACAUGAGUCUUGGAGGGCGCAAGACGCAGGCCUUGAAUGAUGCUGCCGCUGCCAUCGUUGCAGCGGGAAUCUUCCUCGGGGUCGCAGCGGGCAAUGAGGGACGCGACGCUAAAUACUCGUCUCCGGCAUCUGAACCUAGUGUCUGCACCGUAGGUGCUACAGCCAUUAACGAUACGCUCAUCGAAUGGUCCAACUAUGGCCCUAUAGUCGACAUUCUGGCACCCGGUGUUGACAUCACCAGCACUUGGAUCGGAAAAUCGAUCGAUACGAUUUCUGGAACUAGCAUGGCAACCCCUCAUAUCGUUGGUCUAGCCGCGUACUUCAUGGGUCAAGGAUGGCCUGUGGAAGGGUUGUGCGAAAGCAUGGCUGGCGUCGCGACAAAGGGCGCGAUCGAUGAAAGUACUCUCCAUGAUACCACACCGAAUCUUCUAGCUUUCAACAUGGCCGAAGCAUCCCAGCAGUACGGCAGACGUACAAAGCGGGUCGCGUAG